GGAGAAAACAACACCAUAAAAAACAACGACGCCAUAAAUCGCAAGAUAUCAAAACUAAUCUAGGUCAUUUAAAUAAGAAUAGUUUUGUGUUUUCGUCGCGAUGGGUCGCUCGGAGAGCUCGACGCUACACGGCAGGAGAGUGUAGGAUGGGAACACGUCUGCUUCGCAUAAACAAGGAUAUACGCGGAAUACUGAGAACAAUUAUGAUGAAGAAAGAUAUGAGCUUGAACCUGGACGACCAGAACAGCUCGAGUCUGAAGCCGGAUCUGAGGGAUGCUGAGGGAAUACUCAACUCCCCGGAUCUGGGGCUCCUUAAGCUGGCUUCACCAGAGCUGGAGCGGCUGAUUAUUCAGUCCAACGGGAUGGUCACCACCACACCGACCUCCCAGUUCAUCUACCCGAAGUCGGUAAGCGACGAACAGGAGUUCGCGGAGGGUUUCGUCAAAGCGCUGGAGGAUCUCCACAAGCAGAACCAGCUGAACGGCGGACCGUGCGUUCCCCCGACGCUCAACAGACUCGCUAACAGCAGCACCAGCCUCGCCUUAAACGCGGAUCUGCCCGUGUAUACGAACUUGAGCACGUACGGGAGCACCACGGUGAACUAUUCCACAGACACCAUCCCGUUCCCACCGCCGCCGCCCGCGCACCCGAUGUCCGCGCAGCCGCAGCCGCUGAAGGACGAGCCGCAGACGGUACCAGACAUGCAGAGCUUCGGCGACAGCCCGCCGCUCUCCCCCAUCGACAUGGACACGCAGGAGCGCAUCAAAGCCGAGAGGAAGAAGCUCCGGAACCGCAUCGCCGCCUCCAAAUGCCGCAAGCGGAAACUGGAGCGGAUUUCCCGCCUGGAGGACAAAGUGAAGUCCCUGAAGAGCCAGAACACGGAGCUCGCGUCCACCGCCAGCGUGCUGAGGGAGCAGGUGGCGCAGCUGAAGCAGAGAGUCAUGAACCACGUCAAUAACGGCUGCCAGCUCCUGCCGAACACCGUGCAGGCGUACUAA